AUGGCCCGUUCCGGCCGCCGGCGGCGGGACCGCAUGCGGUGGAGCAAUCUCUACACCUUCUCCUGCUUCCGCGCCCAGCACGGGCACGCCGGCGACGCGGGCCCCUCCUCCGACGGGGCUGGCGCCGUCGGCGGGCCGGGCUUCUCGCGCGUCGUCUACUGCAACAACGCCGCCCUGCAGAAGCCGCUCAAGUACGUCACCAACUACAUCACCACCACCAAGUACAACAUCAUCACCUUCUUCCCCAAGGCCAUCUUCGAGCAGUUCCGGCGCGUCGCCAACCUCUACUUCCUCCUCACCGCCAUCCUCUCGCUCACCCCGGAGGGGCUGGAGGACUGGCGCCGCUUCAUCCAGGACAUGAAGGUGAACAACCGCAAGGUCAGCGUGCACAAGGGUGAUGGCGAGUUCGACUACCGGCACUGGGAGGACCUUUGCGUCGGUGAUGUCGUCAGGGUUGAGAAGGACCAGUUCUUCCCUGCUGACUUACUGCUACUGUCCUCGAGCUAUGAGGAUGGCAUUUGCUAUGUUGAGACGAUGAACCUCGAUGGUGAGACGAACCUUAAGGUGAAGAGGUCACUUGAGGCUACGCUGCCGCUGGAAGAAGACGAGUCAUUUAAGGAUUUCCAGGCAGUGAUACGUUGCGAGGAUCCCAACCCGAGCUUGUACACGUUCACUGGUAACUUUGAGUAUGAGAGGCAGGUGUACGCCCUUGAUCCGUCUCAGAUACUUCUGAGGGACUCAAAACUAAGGAAUACAGCCUUUAUCUAUGGAGUGGUUAUCUUUACUGGCCAUGACAGUAAAGUCAUGCAGAACUCAACUGAGUCGCCAUCCAAGAGGAGCAGGAUUGAGAAGAAGAUGGAUUUAAUUAUAUACAUCCUGUUUACUGUGCUCGUGCUGAUAUCAAUCAUUAGUUCAGUUGGAUUCGCUGUGAGGAUCAAGUUCGAUUUGCCCAACUGGUGGUACUUGCAGCCACAGAAAAGCAAUAAAUUAGAUGAUCCAUCACGCCCUGCUCUUUCUGGGAUAUUCCAUCUAAUCACAGCUCUCAUUCUUUACGGGUAUCUGAUUCCAAUCUCGCUGUAUGUUUCGAUUGAACUUGUGAAGGUAUUGCAAGCACAUUUCAUUAACCAGGACAUUCAUAUGUUUGAUGAGGAGACUGGCAAUACUGCUCAGGCACGUACAUCAAACUUGAAUGAGGAACUUGGCCAGGUUCAUACUAUCUUGUCAGAUAAAACUGGUACUCUGACCUGCAAUCAGAUGGACUUCCUGAAGUGUUCAAUUGCUGGAGUAUCAUAUGGCGUGGGUUCAAGUGAAGUUGAACUUGCUGCUGCAAAGCAGAUGGCGUCAGGUGCUGAUGACCAUGAUAUCCCUUUACAAGAUAUAUGGGAGGAGAACAAUGAGGAUGAAAUCGAGUUGGUAGAAGGAGUCACCUUUAGUGUUGGGAACAACCGAAAGCCCUCCAUAAAAGGCUUCAGUUUUCAGGAUGACCGUCUCAUGCAAGGGAACUGGACCAAGGAGCCAAAUUCUUCCACGAUUCUACUCUUCUUCAGGAUACUUGCUCUGUGUCACACAGCAAUACCGGAGAUAAAUGAAGCAACUGGUUCUAUUGCCUAUGAAGCAGAAUCACCUGAUGAGGGGGCUUUUCUUGUGGCAGCCAAGGAAUUUGGAUUCGAAUUUUUCAAGCGAACACAAUCAAGUGUCUUUGUCAGGGAGAAACACACUUCUUCGGAAGGCACAAUUGAGAGGGAGUUCAAGAUUCUCAAUCUAUUGGAAUUCAAUAGCAAAAGAAAACGAAUGACUGUAAUUCUGCAGGAUGAAGAUGGUCAAAUUCUUCUUUUUUGCAAAGGAGCAGACAGCAUCAUAUUUGAUAGACUGGCAAAAAAUGGAAGAAUGUAUGAAGUUGAUACAACUAGGCAUUUGAAUGAAUAUGGUGAGGCAGGCUUGCGAACAUUGGCACUAUCGUACAGGGUGCUUGAUGAAUCAGAAUAUUCUUCUUGGAAUGCUGAGUUUCUUAAAGCAAAGAUCUCUAUUGGGCCUGAUAGAGAGUUGCAACUUGAACGAGUCUCUGAGUUGAUUGAAAGAGAGCUGAUCCUUGUUGGUGCAACUGCUGUAGAGGACAAAUUACAAAAAGGGGUUCCUCAGUGCAUAGAUCGUUUACGCAAGCAGGCUUUACUUUCAUCUUUGACAACUGAGCAGGUUGCAAAGGAGAGUCUCCUGUCGCAAAUCGCCAAUGGGUCACAAAUGGUCAAACUCGAGAAGGAUCCAGAUGCAGCAUUUGCUCUAGUUAUUGAUGGAAAAGCUCUGGCAUUUGUUUUGGAGGAUGACAUGAAGCAUAUGUUCUUGAACCUGGCAAUCGAGUGUGCUUCUGUCAUAUGUUGCCGUGUGUCUCCAAAGCAGAAAGCACUGGUGACUCGGCUCGUCAAAGAAGGUAUAGGACAAACCACUUUAGCAGUAGGUGAUGGUGCAAAUGAUGUGGGCAUGAUUCAAGAAGCUGAUAUUGGAGUUGGUAUAAGUGGGGUAGAGGGCAUGCAGGCAGUGAUGGCUAGUGAUUUUUCCAUUUCUCAAUUUCGGUUUCUUGAGCGACUUCUUGUCGUCCAUGGACAUUGGUGCUACAAGAGAAUUGCCCAAAUGAUUUGCUACUUCUUUUAUAAGAAUAUUUGCUUUGGGCUUACAAUAUUUUACUUUGAAGCAUUCGCUGGGUUUUCUGGGCAAUCUGUAUACGAUGAUUGGUUUAUGCUUCUUUUCAAUGUUGUUCUUACUUCGCUUCCUGUUAUAUCACUCGGAGUAUUUGAGCAAGAUGUUUCGUCCGAAAUCUGCUUACAGUUCCCAGCAUUAUACCAGCAAGGGCCAAAGAAUCUUUUCUUUGAUUGGUACCGAAUCCUUGGAUGGAUGGGGAAUGGCCUCUACUCCUCUCUGGCCAUAUUCUUCCUCAAUCUCUGCAUAUUCUAUGAUCAGGCAAUCCGUGAUGGGGGGCAGACUGCGGACAUGGCUGCGGUGGGAACUGCCAUGUUCACCUGCAUCAUCUGGGCUGUCAACAUGCAGAUUGCCCUAACAAUGAGCCAUUUCACAUGGAUUCAACAUCUCUUUGUAUGGGGCAGCAUAACAACUUGGUAUCUCUUCAUCCUCGCCUAUGGGAUGACAUUGAGAUCCCGCGACAACUACCAGAUCCUGUUGGAAGUCCUUGGGCCAGCUCCCAUAUACUGGGCAGCGACGCUUCUGGUGACUGCUGCUUGCAACAUCCCCUACCUGAUACACAUAUCCUACCAGAGGUCGUGCAAACCACUUGAUCACCAUGUGAUUCAAGAGAUCAAGUACCUAAAGAAAGAUGUCGAAGACCAGACAAUGUGGAAGAGGGAGCGGUCGAAGGCCAGGCAGAAGACAAAGAUUGGUUUCACUGCGAGGGUUGAUGCAAAGAUCAAGCAGAUCAAGGGGAAAUUGCAUAAGAAAGGCCCAUCUUUAACAAUCCAUACAGUAUCUUAG